ACUGACGUGGCCGGAAACCCGACAUCUUGACGGAGGAAACGCUUCGGAGUUGAGGAGGAAACUUACAACUUUUCAGUUGUGUGAAAACAGCAUUUAUCAAACAUGGGCAAUUUAUUCGCAAACCUCUUUAAAGUCUUUGGCAAGAAAGAGAUGAGAAUUCUCAUGGUGGGUCUCGAUGCUGCCGGAAAGACAACGAUUCUGUACAAGCUGAAGCUCGGCGAAAUUGUAACCACCAUCCCAACCAUCGGUUUUAAUGUUGAAACGGUGGAGUACAAGAACAUAAGUUUCACCGUGUGGGACGUCGGUGGUCAGGAUAAGAUUCGACCAUUGUGGCGUCAUUACUUCCAGAACACACAAGGUCUGAUCUUUGUGGUUGACAGCAACGACAGAGAGCGUGUGAAUGAGGCGCGAGAGGAGCUGAUGAGAAUGCUGGCUGAGGAUGAGCUCAGGGAAGCAGUCCUGCUAGUGUUUGCCAACAAACAGGACCUUCCAAACGCCAUGAACGCUGCAGAAAUCACAGACAAGCUGGGGCUGCACUCGCUCCGGCACAGGAACUGGUACAUUCAGGCCACGUGCGCCACCAGCGGCGACGGCCUCUAUGAGGGACUCGACUGGUUGUCCAACCAACUCAAAAACCAGAAAUAAUCACCUCACUCUACUCUUUCUUAGUUUGUUGUUCUUAACACUUGCUUUACUCCAGUGUUUUUAAACAGACGGUGCUGGAAGAUGCGCUCAUAUCAUACCUGUCAUAUAAUGUAAAUAGUUGUGUUUUUGUUGCGAGGCGGUUUAUUGAGCACCAUUAUGCAAUAUCAACUUAGUCUUUCAUCAUUUUAUUUACAUCAUUUUUUCCAUUGUUAUUGUCUGAGUCAUUGAAAAAGGGGAGUUAAGAACAUCGGUCCUGUAAACUCCAAUACAUUUCAUUUGAAGCUUGCACAUGUAUUAUUUUGUUGUGCGUUUAACAAGACUGUCUCAAACAUGUACUGUAAGCUGUUUUGUUGGUCUCAAAUCAAAUACAGGAAAUCAACCAGUAUGGACACUACCUGCACAGAUUACGGUUCAGAUUAAAGGAAGAGAAAACCAAAAACUCAGCAAAGGUUGAUAGGACCUCAAGCUUUACUGUCAGGAUACUUCAGGAGCCAUAAGUGUGAUGCCUUUAAAUAAUAAGCCAGUUACACAAAGAUAAGUUUUCUAUCUGUUAUCAGACUCCCAUUGCACAUCAGUUGACAGUUUUUACUUUAGUGUUGUGUGUGUGCAUGUGGGAAAUGUCAGUGUAUCUCAGGAAACCUGUCCAGAACAUGUUUGGGUCAUAUUUCACACCAGAAUAUAAAUAAAUAAUAAGGAACUUCAAGAUUUUUUGCAUUGAAACUAUUUAAGCACAUUUCCUCCCAAAUCACAUUACUGCAAAAAAAAUAAAUUUACAUACUGUAAUCUGUCAUAUAUACAUACUGAAUAUUUAAAUUGUCAAAUUUUUUACAUCAUGGUAGUAUUUGUUGUAUGUUUACUUAAAUUACAGUAAGUUUUAUUGUAAAUGAGUUUCAUUGUCAUGCAAAAUGUCUUUUUAUUUUAUUUGUGAUUAAAUGUGACCCAAACAUGUUUUUGCAAGAUUCACCCUGUAAAAGAAAAUGAAGCAUUUCAAUAAAUGCUCCUAGAAUGAAGGUUUAAGAGCAAAAAUGUCUACAUGUAUUCCUCAGCAGAUGUCUCUCUUACCUUAAUACUUUGGGGUUUAUGGGUCUUGCUUACAUAUAAACUAAAAACCUAACCACCACUAAGAUUAAACAAUGGCAACCUCAUCUAAGCACCUGAUAACUUGAUGUCUAAUGAAACGAGUUAUACAUUUUGAUGAGUAUAUUUUGAAUUCCUCAUGUUCCUGAAAAAAAUAGAGAAUGUGGCAUGUUAAUAGCAAUAUGACUUUGUAUGGGCGUAUGCUUUGCAUAUAGGGGUCAGUUUCCUUCAGAGUAGCACACCUGGUGCCUUUACGUUUCAGAGACAACCGUUGAAAAAUCUUCAUGUCUACUCACAUGGUCACUAUUAUAGCAAUGUUUGAGCUGAUGCCUUUAAGGACACUUUACUAUUUCUCUUUUUUUCUCUUUUCCCAAUUAACCUCUGAUUUGAUAGAUACUGAUUUAUUGGGGUCAAAAACUGAAUGUGAAUCUCUUAGCAAAAUAUGUGUGACUAUUAACAUAUAUGUCUUUUUUUAAUUAUUCAUUUUGACAAAUGCACUGUAAUUAAAGAUAAUAGUGUAAAACUGGA